GAGCUCUCAGACCCCCGUGCCCUUCUCGGACCUUCCAGGGGUUAGGGUUUGCUGUGGCGAGACGGCGAGUUGCUCGAUCUGAUCAAUCUACUGUUCCGUUGAGGGCGGUGGCUCAGGCGGGAGCACAUGGCCGACGCGCCAGCGAGCCCCGCGGCCGCCGGUGGGAGCCGCGUUAGCGGCAGCCCCACGUCCGGUGGCGUCAGGGAGCGGGAACGGUUCCUGCCGGUCGCCGACAUCAGCCGCAUCAUGAGGAAGGCCAUCCCGCCCAACGGGAAGAUCGGCAAGGAUGCCAAGGAGGCGGUGCAGGAGCUCGUCGCCGCGUUCAUCGCCUUCAUCACUAGCGAGUAA